AUGUCUCAUCAUUUCGAUUGUGGAGAUUGUGACAAACCAUUAAAACUAGAUACAAGCUUAACUAGACUAAAUCAAUCUCAAUUGAAUCUCAUUACCAAUUCACUUCAAAAUGAAGAAUUCAUUAAAAAUGAUAAUGAACAAUUACAAGACUUAGACCCAAAAGAUUAUAUCACAACUGAUAAAUUGAAACUAUAUAAUGAAUUACCCAAAAACUCAAAACCUAUAUUUUAUAAAAGUUAUUUUGAAAGUGAAGAUGAGGAUAGUGAAGAAGAAGAAAAUGAAGAUAAUGAUGAUAAUGAUUUAAUAGGGUUUAAAUCCAAUUCAAAUUCAGAUAUUGAUUCAUAUUUGGUGGUUAAUGAAAAUGAAUCUAUUAAAAAUGAUCCAAAUCCAUCAAUAGAUGAAUUACAAGAUUAUGAAAUUAAAAUUUCGACAAGAAUUAAAAAAUUAAAUAAAAUUUUCAAAAUUUUAUCAAAUUUACAAGAAACUCAACAUCCAUUAAGUGAAGAUUGUGCAAAUUUAUUGAUAGAAAAUUAUAAAUUAAAAUUUGAUCAAUCUCAAAAGGAAAAAAAUCAAUACCUAAACUUCCUAAAAAAAUUGAAAAUUCAAGAUCAAAAAUUAAAUAUAAAUGAUGAAAAAAUUAAUGAAUUAGAAAUUGAUAAAAAUUUAAAAAAUUCAAUACUGGAAUAUCAAAAUUUAAAAGAAUUAGAAUCAUCAAAAUUAAAAGAAUUAAAAGAAUUAGAAAUUAAAAAGUCAAAUUUGGAAAUACAACUACAAAAAAAUGAAAAAGAAUUGGAAAACAUAAAUAAUAAUGAAUUAUCAAAUUUACUACGACUUAGAAAUGAAUUUCAGUUAAAUUUAUCAGAUAAACAAACAGAAUUAAAUCAAUUAAAAGCUUCUUAUCAAAUCCAUCUUGAUCAUUUAGAUCAAUUACGUAAAACAAAUAUUUAUAAAACAAUGUUUAAUAUUAAAAUCGAUGAAAAAUAUGGUACAAUAAAUGGUUAUAGAAUUGGUUAUAAAAUUGUAUGGCCAGAAAUUAAUGCAGCAUUAGGACAAAUUGUAAUAUUAUUGACUUUUAUUACCAAGCGAUUAAAUUUAAAAUUAAAAAAUUAUAAAUUAGUUCCAAUGGGUUCACAAUCUCAAAUUAUAAAGUUUACAAAUCUGACCAGUGAAUCAUCAUCAACAAAACAAAAAACUAUAUUAAAUUUAUAUUCAUCUGAUGAAUUUACAUUAGGUAGAUUAUUUAAUUUUAAUAAAUUAGAUAUUUCAUUAAUUACAUUACUUGAAAUUAUUUUAAUUAUUGAAAAAGAAUUAAUUAAAUUAGAUAAUGAAAUUGAAUUACCUUAUAAAAUUUUUAAAGAUACUAUUGGUGGCAAAAGUAUUAGAGUUACUUCAAAUUCUGAAUGGACUCAAAGUUGUAAAAUUUUAUUAACUAAUUUAAAUUGGAUUUUAACUUUUAUAGAAGCUCAUACUGAAUGA